GUAUGUACCUGAAAUGACAGUACAUGUUGUGUAAGUUUGCAUUUCGGUCCUUGCGUUGGACUUUGAGGCUCUUGUUGUGUAAUUUCAGUUUUUGAGAAAUGCUGAUCUCGCUGCUGGUGGUCGGAGGAGGAGUUAUUAACGAGGAAGAGACCUUAUAACCCCCCUCCAUCUUCUCAUCUCACCAUUACCAGGAGGAUCUUCUGAGGGCUGAGACUGGACAAAGGGAGAGAAGACUUCAACCAGACCAACCACACCGUACACAGAGAUCUCAGGGAGAUGGAGCUGAGUGUUCUGGUGUUGCUGUUGGUGGUCCCCACAUCUCUUGCACAGGAAGACUUGGAAGGUAAAGUCUUCGUCUUCCCCAAAGAAACCGACACGGCUCAUGUCAUUCUAAGACCUACAAUUACAGAGCCAUUGCAGAAGGUCACCGUCUGUCUACGUUCUUAUACCGACCUUUCCCGGAACUAUUGUCCCUUCUCUCUCUCUACUCCUGGGAAGGACAAUGCCCUUCUCAUUUUCUUACUGCCUCCAAACACUUUUUUAAUGGAAAUCAACCAGGAAGGUGCUCAUUUUAAAACAGACUCUGAGUCUUUGGACUGGAGGCACCUCUUUGUGACCUGGGACUCCGACACCGGAGUGGUCCAACUUUGGGUCAAUGGAAAGUUCUACCCCAGAAGAGUCAUCAUGAAAGGGUCUUCUAUCGCAGCUAAAACCAGCAUUGUUCUGGGGCAGGACCAAGACUCUUUUGGUGGAGGGUUUGAAGCUUCUCAGUCAUUGAUUGGUGAAAUUAGUGACGUCCACAUGUGGAAUUAUGCCCUGACUCCAGGAGAUGUACAGAAGGUUGUCUCUGGAGAUCUCCAUGGAAAUGUCAUUAAUUGGAGGUCUCUAGUCUAUGAAAUCAAAGGGGAAGUUCUCAUCCAGCCCAAAUCAUAAUGCAACCAACUUAUAAUGUACACCUUGGGGUUGAUUUACUAAACUCAAAUAGGCUGUUUACUUUGCAAGGG